CCCACAUCAAGGUGCCGAGGCCGGGGCGCGCGGCGUGGCUAUGGAACCGUCUGCGUCAGCUCGGGCUCUUGAGGAACAUGAAAACCACGCUGCGCCCCGCCUCCCCUUCCGCCCCCCACCGCAAUACCCUUUCCGCCGCCCCCUUACUCCGCCUCGCUGACGGGGGCGGGUCGAGCUGAAAGAAAACGAGACUCCGGCGUCGCUCGUGCAUGUGUGGUGCCGGGGACGGGAGGAGGCGAGGGCCGGACGUCCAGACAGACAGGCCGGCGUGGUGAUGUGUGUUGGUGUCGCCGCGGCGGUGUAGUGAUGAUCAAGUGUCCUGUGUGUUGGUAGAGGCCGGGAGUCUGUCCUCAGCAUGGCGGGGCGUCGCGCUGCCCUUCCCCUCGCCUCCCGCCUCCUGCUGGUGCUCGUGAUGACAAGGCCCGUUCUCGCGUGCUGGCCGGACUACGUGGAGCAGGGCGCGGAGCAGGCCGACGUGGUGGUCAUGGCGAAGGUCAUCCACGUGGGGUCAACUCGCGGUCACGGACUCAAUAGUUUUUAUAAUCUAGUGCGAAUACAAGUGAAAACGUUCCUGAAGGGCGAGGAAACGUGUCGGAAACAUGUGCAAAGACCGGAGUGGGAGGAGGAGGCCACGUUUGUCGAGGUGCCUGACCCUCCUUCCUCCCCGCCCACGGAUCCGCCCCUGGGUGUGGACGGCGUGUCGGCCCGGGGCACCUGCAGCGGGCGGGUGCGGGUCGGGGACAUCAUGAUCUUCUUCCUCCGCCCCAAGACCCAAACCGAGGUCAGGGAAGGUCGUAGUGCCGCGGCGACCUUCCUCGUGACCUCGCAGCCCAUCAAGCUCAACCUUCAGCUCCUGAGGUACACCCAGACUGCAGUGCAAGGUAAGCCAGACUCCCGUAGACGUAUAAGGCUCAAACUCCAUCCUGGAGCUCCAGAAGAGGCCCUCUUGACUGGGGCCCAAGCAGCGGUGGACUCUCAACAACAACAACAACAACAACAACAACUCCGUCAAGUAACCCAAGAAAGGAGGAAGAGAAUGGACAAUUUACAACAAUAUGCACAGACAACAAGAAGAAGAAGAAGAAGAAGAAGAGUAAGAAGAUGAGGAGGAGGAAGAGAAUGGAAGAGAAGGAGCAGCACACUAUUGGUGAGUGCUGAGUUUAUUUUGUCCUUGUUUCCUCCUCCUCCUGCUUGUUGUUGUUGUUGUUGUCUUUUUUCUUGUGUGUGUUGUGUCCCUCCUGGUGACAGUUCCUCCUGUGUGUCCAGCAGCUGUCCCCUGCUGAUGGCUUACACUUUCUUCCACCGAGGACUACCCCAGCAGCUUACCUAAGGACAUGGUGUCGUGCCGUUCAUGGGCACUCUUUUAAUUAAUUAUGUAGGUUCAUUAUAGCUCAAAGUAGAAUUAAUUAUUGAUCAUUUAAACCACAGAGUAAAAUUAGUAGUUUAUUCACCCAGUCUUAUAAAGCACCAUUAUCGCACAGGAUCAUCACCUGUCCAAGUAAUAUAGGUAACACGACUUUAAGAAAGUUACUUGAGGUAAUUAUUGCUUAGAGAUUCUGAUGGUGAAUGGUGGACAGGGUCCACUUAUUAGAGGUUAGCUUACGUAUCUUACAUCACUAAUUACAUUUGUAAAUACCAUGAACACAGGUUAACAUUAACACCUUAAACUAACAUGCACACAUGGCAAUAAGUAGCACCAACAUAAUAACUGUUUCCACCCACACGGGGAAACACAGACUCCACCAUUCCACACCUUAAUUAAGUCCUAACUAAAACUAGUGAGUGUUUGCGCUUAUCCAUUGUUACCCCUGAGAACGACACACAUACCACCCUUUUGGCCUUCUCCUUCCUUCCUCUCUUCACACACCUUGCCACAGGCAAUCCCCCACAACGCAGCUUCAAAAGUGUUUACUGCUGCAUGUUGGCCUUGGUCUGGACGACGCCCAGCUUCCCAUCUGUCAGGCUUGCCUUUGGCGCACCUGAAAGGGGCGAUGUCGCUCGUGAGAAUCCAGUCUCAGUUAUAGUAUUAUAGCCAAAGUGAGUUGAACACCGUGAACAGUUCUUUCCUCACCUGAAAGGGGCGAUGUCGCUCGUGAGAAUGAGCUCGCUCCCACAAUGCCCAAAAUGCCUUGGUGUGACGUCACGGAGUGACAAACUGACCGCAGGUUAGGCCUGCUUGAGACCUGAGAUUUCCUUGGUAGGCCUCCAAUAUCAAUAUAAGGUCACUAGUAUUUUAUUUCCAUUAUAAAUAUUUACCGUUCUCCCGCAAUAAUUAAAAAAAGGCAGAUUGACCGCUUUUGGCAACGAUACCCUGUUUUGACCCCUGACACCUCUGAAUUUUGUUGACACUACAGAUUGUAGGGGAGAUAUGGGAGCACAACAGCCUCUUUGUUUCAACCCCCAUCUCUUCCCUCUCGCUCUCUC